AAUAUGAGAAGGUAUUUAGGGUAUAUUUUUAACUUUUUUCGAUAAAUCCACUGCAAAGCUCCAAAUUCGCAAUAUAAAUAACUUUCAACUUUUUAAAAAAGAUGUCUUAGCCAAGUGAGGUUGGAAGAGCCAGAGCAACUAGAAUCAUUCCGUGAAAAGGAUUACAUAGAUAACUCCAGACACAGAGACAGACAUACAGACAAAGAGCCAUGGCCAUGUCAAAGGUGAUUCGCGUGCUGGAGAAGUCCAUAGCUCCGUCGCCGCACAGUGUGCUGCUGGAGCACCGCCAUAAGAGCGACAGCAUCCUGUUCGAGUCGCACGCUGUGGCACUGCUAACGCAACAGGAAACGGACGUGAUAAGAAAGCAAUACACGAAAGUCUGCGACGCCUACGGAUGCUUGGGGGCCCUGCAGUUGAAUGCUGGCGAGAGCACCGUGCUGUUCCUGGUGCUGGUGACUGGAUGCGUGUCCAUGGGGAAGAUCGGAGAUGUGGAGAUCUUUCGAAUUACGCAGACGACCUUCGUGUCGCUGCAGAAUGCAACCCCAAACGAGGACAAAAUAAGCGAGGUGCGCAAGCUGCUCAAUUCCGGAACUUUCUACUUUGCACACAUCAAUACCAGCGCCAGUGCGGCGGCUGGCACUUCCGGAUCUGGGUUCAGCAAGUUUGACAUCACACUGUGCGCCCAGCGGCGGCAGCAGACCUCGGAGACGGACAAUCGCUUCUUCUGGAACCGCAUGAUGCACAUUCACCUGAUGCGCUUCGGCAUUGAUUGCCAGUCGUGGCUGCUCCAGGCCAUGUGUGGCUCCGUGGAGAUUCGCACUGUCUACGUGGGGGCCAAGAAUGCCCGGGCAGCCAUCAUAUCCAGGCUGAGCUGUGAGCGGGCCGGCACCCGGUUCAAUGUGCGCGGCACCAACGACGAGGGCUAUGUGGCCAACUUUGUGGAGACGGAGCAGGUGAUCUAUGUGGAUGGGGAGGUUACUAGCCAUAUCCAAACCAGGGGCUCAGUGCCGCUCUUCUGGGAGCAGCCGGGUGUGCAGGUGGGAUCGCACAAAGUCAAGCUAUCUAGAGGUUUCGAGACCUCUGCUGCCGCCUUCGAUCGGCAUAUGAGCAUGAUGAGGCAACGCUAUGGCUAUCAGACGAUUGUGAAUCUCCUUGGCAGCUCUCUCAUCGGCAGCAAAGAAGGCGAGGCCAUGCUGAGCAAUGAGUUCCAGCGGCACCACGGCAUGUCCGCCCACAAGGAUGUUCCCCACGUGAUAUUCGACUAUCACCAGGAGUGUCGCGGCGGCAACUUCACCGCUUUGGCCAAGCUAAAGGAACGAAUCGUGGCCUGUGGGGCCAACUACGGCGUCUUCCAUGCAGUCAAUGGAGAGGUCAUCCGGGAGCAGUUCGGAGUUGUGCGCACCAAUUGCCUGGACUGUUUGGAUCGCACGAACUGUGUGCAGACCUACCUGGGCCUGGACGUGCUCAACCUGCAGCUGGAGUCGAUGAAGAUGGGUGGCAAGCAGCAGAAUAUCUCUCGGUUCGAGGAGAUCUUCCGCCAGAUGUGGAUCAACAAUGGCAACGAGGUGAGCAAGAUCUACGCCGGUACAGGAGCCAUUCAGGGCGGUUCCAAGCUGAUGGACGGCGCCCGCUCGGCGGCCCGGACCAUACAGAACAACCUUUUGGACAACUCGAAGCAGGAAGCAAUUGACGUUCUCCUGGUGGGCUCGACGCUCAGCUCGGAACUGGCCGAUCGGGCACGGAUCCUGCUGCCCUCCAACAUGCUGCAUGCCCCCACAACGGUGCUCAGGGAGCUGUGCAAGCGCUACACGGAGUACGUGCACCCGCGCAUGUUGCGCGUCGCCGUCGGCACUUACAACGUGAAUGGCGGAAAGCAUUUCCGCAGCAUUGUCUUCAAGGAUUCCCUGGCGGACUGGCUGCUAGACUGCCACGCCAUGGCCCGAUCCAAAGCCCUUGUGGAUGUGAACAAUCCCUCUGAGCAUGUCGAUCAUCCAGUGGACAUUUAUGCAAUUGGCUUCGAGGAGAUCGUGGACCUAAAUGCCUCUAACAUCAUGGCGGCCAGCACGGACAACGCCAAGCAGUGGGCCGAGGAGCUGCAGAAGACCAUCUCCCGGGACAACGACUAUGUGCUGCUCACCUACCAGCAGCUGGUGGGCGUCUGCCUUUACAUAUACAUACGUCCGGAGCAUGCUCCCAACAUCCGGGACGUGGCUAUUGAUUGUGUAAAGACGGGCCUUGGCGGGGCCACAGGAAACAAGGGCGCCUGCGCCAUCAGAUUCGUUCUGCACGGCACCUCAAUGUGCUUUGUGUGCGCCCACUUUGCGGCCGGCCAGUCGCAGGUGGCGGAGAGGAACGCCGACUACUCCGAGAUUACCAGGAAGCUGGCCUUUCCCAUGGGCAGGACCUUGAAGUCGCACGAUUGGGUGUUCUGGUGCGGAGACUUCAACUACCGCAUCGACAUGGAGAAGGAUGAGCUGAAGGAGUGUGUGCGCACCGGCGAUCUCUCCACGGUCCUCGAGUUCGACCAGUUGCGGAAGGAGCAAGAAGCGGGCAACGUUUUCUCCGAGUUCCUGGAGGGGGAGAUUGGCUUCGAUCCGACCUACAAGUACGAUCUCUUCAGCGACGACUACGACACGUCGGAGAAGCAGAGGGCGCCAGCCUGGACGGACAGGUGUCUCUGGCGGCGAAGGAAGGCUCUGGCCGAGGGCGACUUUCCCUCCUGGAAUCCUGGCAAACUCAUCCACUACGGACGCUCCGAGCUGAAGCAGAGUGACCAUCGACCCGUCAUCGCCAUUAUUGACGCGGAAAUUAUGGAAAUCGAUCUGCAGCGUCGCCGGGCCGUGUUCGAGCAGGUCAUCAGGGAUCUGGGACCCCCAGACUCCACCAUUGUGGUGCAUGUCAUGGAAUCUUCGGUGGACGACGAGGGGCCCACCAUCUAUGACGAGAGCGUGAUGUCUGCUCUGAUUGCCGAGCUGUCGAAGAUGGGCGAGGUGACCCUCGUGCGCUAUGUGGAGGACACCAUGUGGGUGACCUUUCGAGACGGAGAGUCUGCACUAAACGCGGCCGCCAAACGGAGCACACAAGUCUGCGGCCUGGAGCUGGUCUUCGAGCUUAAGUCCUCUGACUGGCAGCACCUGGUGGACAGCGAGAUCGAGCUCUGUACCACAAACACCAUUCCGCUGUGUGCUAAUCCCACAGAGCAGGCCCAGCUGCUGCAGGUGUCGCCGGAGGUUCCUCAGCGGCCCAAGCAGCCGCCGACGCGUCCUCCCGCUCGUCCGCCCAUGCCCAUGUCGCCAAAGAACUCGCCACGUCACAUCCCCCAUGUCGGAGUCAUCAGCAUUGUGCCCAAGCCGGCCAAGCCACCGAUGCCCCCCCAGCCCCUGAUGCAGGCGCCCCUCCAGCCGAUGCAAGCGCCCCCUCGACCGCCUGCCAUGGACAACACUCCCUCCUCCAAGACGCAAUCUCCCACAGAGCUCGCCUCCGUCGGCUCAUCGGGCUCAUCUUCGGGCAAGGCAUCGCCCACGGGCUCAGCUGUGGCUUCUGGUCCGCCCACUCCUCCGCGUCAGAUGCAAAGCAAGCAAGCCACGCCAGUCGCUACGCCCACAAGGCAGGGGGCGCCCCCCUCUUCAGCCGCCACCCCAUCCUCCAAGCAGCCAUCGCUGGAGAUGCCGGACACCGCCUACGAGACGGCUAGCAAUAUAUACGAGGAGAUCCAAGACGACGUGCCUGCACCACGCCACCCGCCCCCGGCUGGUCCGCCUCCAGUCAUUGGCGGCGGCGCUGUGGACAGUCCACGACGCCAAGCAGGGCCAGCUGGGGCCCCAAUGGGUCCCCCGCCACCGCUUCCGAAUCGAGGACGUGGUCCGCCACCGAUACCAAAUAGAAGCGGCAAUGCACCGCCGCUGCCAACGCGACCCACUAACAACUAGGCGGAAUAGGCCCAAGGGCUCGCCGUCGUACAUUCCGAAUUGCUGUAUUUAAUGUUGGAAACGCAUACCGAAAUAUAAUCGAAUAUAUUAACAAACUUGUAUAGAGAGAGCGCGAGGACACCACA